AUGUCUUUCCGAGCUCCCCUCCGUCGAUUCGCCUUCGCCAGGCCCUCUUCCUCUAUCUCCGUCGCUGCCCGUGGCUUCCACUCGACCCCUCGUGCCUCCGUCCGGGUCGGCCAAGAGAUCCCGAACACCGACGUCCUCCUCGAGGAUUCGCCCGGAAACAAAGUUAACCUUGCUGAAGAGUUCAAGACAUCCAACGGAUACAUCAUUGGUGUCCCCGCCGCCUUUUCUGGCACAUGCUCCAGCAAGCAUGUCCCCUCAUACAUCAACCACCCCAAGCUCAAACAGGCUGGGCAGGUUUUUGUUGUCUCCGUCAACGACCCCUUUGUCAUGAAGGCCUGGAGCGACCAGCUUGACCCCGCAAAACAGACCGGAAUCCGAUUCCUCGGUGACCCCACUGGUGAGUUCACCAAGGCCUUGGACCUCGGUUUCGAGGCAUACGCUGUCUUCGGUGGCAUGCGAGGCAAGCGAUACGCUCUCAAGGUUGAGGAUGGCAAGGUCAGUAAGGCCUACGUCGAGCCUGAUAACACAGGAAGUGCUGUGUCCAUGGCCGAGCAGGUUCUCGAAUAG